CAGAAGUAAAAGAUCACCAGUCUUGAGAAAAAUGAAAAAGUUGUGGAUAUUGGCAUUUCUCGUUUUCAUAGCGGCUGAAGAAGACGAAUCUGACGAUUAUAGCUAUCUUGGGACCGAGGGACCCAAAAUUGAGCGAGGAAGCGAACCUAAAGUGACCGUCGAACCCAAAAAAACGUUUAACGAUUGGAGUGGAUUCCAAUGCGGACAUCCCGAAAAUGAUCUUACGAGUUUGAACUUCAGUGCCAUAUCUGAUUUAAAGACAUUCAGAUUGCACCCUUGGAUGGUGGCCAUAUACUCGAAUGAAUCGGAAAAUUUCAUUGCUACAGGGACACUGAUCCGAUACGAUGUGGUUAUCACGGCCUUGAAGGGAAUCGAAAACGUGCCAGACGAUCAGUUGGUAGUGGAGGCAGGCAUCAUGAAUCGAACAGAAACCGAACAAAUUUAUCGCUUUGCCCGCAGCGUGUCCACCAACUUGUCAUUGGCACUGAUCCACCUCACCACACCGUUUACAAUGGAAUUUUUACAUGUGCGUCCAAUAUGCCUGCCUCUGCCCAAUGAAGUUUUCACAGAAAGGUACUGCGGAACGGUUGGCUGGUAUCUUAACUCCACCAAUAUAAGGGACAAAUCCAUUACUGUCGAGAAGGACUUCCUUUGGCAGAGACCCUAUGUAGUGAUGGGAAACGUGGACUGCCUCACCGAGUUUAACGAGACAAUCGAUAAUAAUACGAUCUGCUGCAAGGACAAGCUCAACACAUUCCUUCCUCUGAAUAUCGGUGCAGGUCUAGUCUGUAGAACCGAUAACUUCGUCUUGGCUGGUGUAAGCCUUUUAAACAGUGACUGGGUCAUGGACAACAAACCCACCCUCUUCGUCAACAUUCCCGAUUAUUUGCCGUGGAUUGAGUCAGAGCUGCAACCAUAUUUCGACGCAGCAUCUCAUAGCUCUCAAGCACCAGCAGAGGAUUCUGCCGAAUAUCAAUCUUUCGAAGAAUACAUAGAGAGUUCUAUGUAAUCUAUGGAAGCUAUAUUAAUAUGUAUAUCUGCACUAUAUACCUAUACUUUGCAUUAA